AUGUUACGCGACCAACUAGUGCGCGGGAUCAGGAGCGACGAAUGUCGUCGCAAACUACUUGCAGAAGUUGACCUUGAGUUUGCUAAUGCCAAGAACAUUGCUAUCCAGGACGAGUCAAUCCGGAGGCAGUCCCAGGCUCUGGCGAACGCUGUACACGUCGGCCGGGUGAACAGUCAACCCAAACCCCGCGCCAAGAAGCCGCAGAACCCCAACUCCAGUCCGACUACCAGUCGUCAGUCCAGCAGCAAUCAACGGCGUGGACAAGGUCAGUCAACAAGUCAAGGCCAACGUCAGUCUCCGAGUCAAGGUCAGCGUCCCAAGUUUGGUCCUUGCCGACGGUGUGGUCGGAAGCACAAUUGCCACACCUGCCCCGCACGGAACUGGAAAUGUUUCAAGUGCAACCUAAUGGGCCAUACGAGUAACUACUGCCCUAGCGAUCGUGUCAACUCAGUGGGAACAGAGGAGCCUAAGCAAGAGUCUCAGUCUGGGCCUCAGACGGAGUCCAUUGAGCAAGAAGUGCAAAACGUCUUCAAGCUCCGCUCCUUCUUCCUCUUUUAUGAUUUUGUCUCUGUGCACAAUGUCUUUGUAUCUGUUGGUGCUGUCAAAAGUAAUCCGCCCCUCCUUAUCAGUCUUAAUGUAGCUACAAAGUCCAUCCAAUUUGAAGUUGAUACAGGAGCUGGCGCAACUGUCAUGUCUCGAGCUCAAUUUAGCAGUACCUUCAGAAAUCUUACCUUGGUUCCGUCCAAGAUUAUUUUACAUUCCGUCAAUGGAAUGAUAGCCAACGCAGGAGAGGUGACUGUAGAUGUAAAUUUUAAUCAUGUCUGUCAUAAAUUAAGUUUCAUCGUCUGUGAUAAUACCCCCAAUUUCACACCCUUAUUGGGUAGGAAUUGGCUUGAUGUGAUCCUUCCUCAUUGGAGGUCUGUUUUAGUACAAAAUCAAAUUAAUGUUGUAAAUGAUUGCAAUCCUCCGUCAAUAGAGGAGUUAAGAGUGUUAUUCCCAUCAGUGUUUGAUUCUAAGGCAGAUUCAGUCAUAAAAGGGUUCACUGCCACUUUAGUUCUAAAACCCAAUGCAAUUCCUGUAUUUGCUAAAGCCUAUAAUGUAGCUUUUGGUUUGUUAGAUAAAGUCAGCAAACACUUGGAUAAUUUAGUCCUUUUGGGUAAAGCCAUUCGUGUCAGACAGUCCGAAUGGGCUUCUCCAGGUGUUGUAGUUCAAAAGAAGGAUGGUACUAUUCGUUAUUGUGCUAAUUUUAAGCGGACACUGGAUCCUCAGUUACGCAUUGAUUAUUAUCCCCUGCCUAGACCCGAUACUGUUUUUGCUACCCUGUCUAAUGGUGUGUUCUUUACUAGUCUCGAUUUGUCUGAUGCUUAUACGCAGUUGCAGUUAGAUCCUAAGUCUCAAGAUCUUUGUGUGUUGAAUACCCACAUGGGUUUAUUUAAGUUAACUCGUUUGAUCUAUGGAGUAGCGAGUGCUGCUGCAAUUUUUCAGUCUGUGAUGGAUAGGAUUUUAAUAAAUUUGCCUGGUGUUACCUGUUAUUUAGAUAAUGUUUUAAUUAAGGGUGUAAGCUUGUCUGAUUGUGUUAACAAUACUAUGCUAGUCCUAGCUCGACUAGAGAAACACAAUGUUCGACUAAGGUUGGACAAGUGUGAUUGGUUCGUACCUGAACUUCAGUAUCUUGGUUUUGUGAUUUCUAAAGAAGGUAGAAAACCAAACCCUUCCUUGGUUUCCGCCAUUGUUGAUUUUGCACCCCCUGUCAAUUGUGCUCAAAUUGGUACUUUCCUAGGAAUGUUAAGCUUUUAUGCAGAGUUCUUACCCAAUCUUAGUACUGUUGCUAAACCUUUAAGGUCCCUUAAUGAUGAUAAGUAUGAUUGGAAUGUGGAGUGUCAAGUGUCAUUUGAUUUGUUAAAAAAUAUGUUAACUUCUUCUGAGUGUUUGAUGCAUUAUGACCCAGAUUUGCCAAUAGUUGUGUCUGUAGAUGCUAGUCCUGUAGGAAUUGGUGGUGUGUUAGCACAUGUUGUUGAAGUUAAUGGUAAAAAAGUCGAAAGACCUGUCAUGUUUAUCUCUGCAACAUUGUCUCCAACCCAAAUGGCAUAUGCUCAGGUAGAUAGAGAAGCUUUAGCAGUUGUCACUAUUGUUGAUCGUUGUCAUAGGUUCUUGUGGGCUAGAGAGUUCACGUUAGUCACUGAUAAUGCUGCUAUCGCUCGCAUCUUUCAUGAAGACAAGUCCUUGCCGGUUAGAACUGGCCAUCGCUUACAGCAUUGGGCAACCAUGCUGCAGGCUUAUAGUUAUAAACUUGUUCAUCGUAAGUCUGAGCUCAACACUGUGGCUGAUGCUCUCUCCCGCCUUCCUGUCAAAGCUGGAGUUAACGAUUCUUGUGUUCAUGUGAUUUACCCUGAUUUACCCUUGUCUGCUGAUUGUGUUAGUGUAGCUACUGCUUCGGACCCUUUAUUGUCCAAAGUUUGUGAGCUUACUGUGGCUGGUUGGCCAUCAUAUAAUAAGUUUUCAGACAACCCUGCUUUAGAGAAAUUUUUUAAAGUAAGAGAUUCACUUAGUAUUCAUAACAAAUGUUUAAUGUUUGCACUUAGAGUUGUCAUACCUCUGUCUUUACAGUCUAAAGUUUUGAGUUUGCUCCACCAAGGUCAUCCAGGAGUUGUUCGUACUAAACUGUUAGCAAGGUCCCUGGUAUGGUGGCCCUCUUUAAAUUCUGACAUUGAGGUGCUUUGUGAUUCUUGUAAUGUGUGUGCUAAAGUGAAUUUUAAACCUAAGGAGAAUUUUGUUCCAUGGCCGGCAGCAAAAUUUCCCUUCCAACGGGUUCAUAUUGAUUUUUUCUUUUUAAAAGUAAAGAGGGUUGAGUGUCUGAUUUUUGUUGAUGCCUACUCUAAGUGGCUACAUAUUCAAGUAGUUCCCAAUCUCAGAGCAGAGACUAUCAUCAAUGUCAUGUUUUCUAUUUUUGCUAUGUUUGCAACCUUGCCUGAAAUUCUUGUGUCAGACAACGGAGCUCCUUUCGACUCAGCAGAGUUCUUAGAGUUUUGUACCUCUCUGUCUAUCACUUCCAAAAGAAUCCCUCCGUAUCAUCCGGAAUCCAAUGGUUUGGCUGAGAGUUCUGUUGGAGUUGCUAAGUCUGCAUUAGCUAAGUUAUUUCCAGAGAAUGCGGGUACUGACGAACCCCUGGAACUAACCAUAAGCAAAUUCCUUUUUGAUUAUAGGAAUAUUCCUUCAACAGUCACUCAUAAAUCGCCCAAUGAAAUGUUGCAUUCAUUUAAAACAAGGACCCCUCUUACUGUCAUUAAUCCAAGUAUUAGACCUGAUUCCAGAUUGUCCUCCUCUCUCGCAGCUUUUAGAGAAGGAGAUCCUGUUAUUCUAAAACUAUCUAAACGUCACCCAGUUCUUAAUGGAGUAAUCGUACGUGCCUUGGGCCCCACGCACUACCAUGUUUCCAUUUCUGGUGUAAUCAAAAAAGUACAUUGUAAUCAACUUGCUCGAGCACCCUAA